AUCUACCAUCACCCUGCUCCACUUCAACCACACUCAGGCCUUUCUCUUCUGCUGCCUGCAAUGGGGCAACCGCCCACAGAUCCUGGACCAAGCUGAGCUACGGGCAGGCUGUAAGUCCCCCCGGCCAUCCACCCACUCUGCAUCAGAUGCCCUCAUGCCAACACCAGGAAGAGCAAUGCCUGCUGAGCUCCUGCUCAGUUUGUACUUACAGUCAUAAGGGAAUGGUCCCCACCAGUGUGUACUACUGUUUGGCCUCAUUUUGCAGGUGAGAAAACUGACAUUGAGAGAGGGCAAGUGACUUGCUGAAGGUCACACACGAAGAAGAAUAUAGCCAAAAUUUCUAUCAGGCCAUGUGGUUCCAGCACCAGUGUGGAAACCAUCCUCUGUGUGGCUGCUGAGCAAGCCCAGCUCCUCAGUCACAGGAAGGGCUCCAUGAAGGACAGCCUCUACCAGGCUUGCCCUCAGCUCCUCCCCAUGCCAGUCCCAGCAUUCUUUGCAAACUGAGCAGUAUGGAGGUUGUGCCAAGCUGAAGCAUAACGAGCAAACAGGGACCAUGGUUCUUGUUUAAGAAUCAGUCAUAGGCUGGGUUUGGUGGUACACACCUGUAGUCCCAGCUAUGUGGGAGGUGAAGGUAGGAGGAUCAGAGACUGAGGACAGCCUGGGCAAAAAUGCAAGACCCUACCUGAACAACAAACUAAAAGCUAAAGGACUGGGGUCACGGCUUAAGUGGUAGAGCACUUUCCUAGCAAGCACCAGCCAAGUGAGGCCUGAGUUCUAUCCCCAGUACUGCAAAAAACCCUGGCAAAACCCCAGGAGACAGGUGCAUUACCAUUAUCCCACUUUGCAGGUGAGGAAACUGAGGCAAAGAGCAGUUAAGUAACUUCAAGAUCACAUGGCUAAUGAAUGGCAGGGCAGAAUGAAAACCCAGACAAUACUGUCACAGACAAAGGGGUCUGGAAUGAAGGGUGGAGGUGGGGAACCAUCAGGAUACUGGGAAUCUGUGAUGCUUGCCCCUGUAUGCACCUGAAACUUGACCCCUCCAGGGUCACACUGCAUGAAGACAAGGGGAUGGACAAGGUGACCCCGAAGGGACCAGCCCAGAGCAAACCCACCCACCGUACCCUCCAACCUGUCCUGCAUCAUGAACCUCACCACCAACAGCCUCACCUGCCAGUGGGAUCCAGGGCCUGACACCCACUUGCCCACCAACUUUACUCUAAAGAGCUUCAAGAGUCGGGGCGACUGCCAGACCCAGGAGGACUCCAUCUUGGACUGCGUGCCUGAGAACGGGCAGAGCUACUGCUCCAUCCCCCGCAAACACCUGCUUUUGUAUCAGAACAUGGUCAUCUGGGUGCAGGCAGAGAAUGCACUGGGGACCCGCCAGUCCACACAGCUGUGCCUUGAUCCUAUGGAUGUCGUGAAACUGGAGCCCCCCACACUGUGGACCCUGGACCCCAGCUCUCAGGCGUCCCCACCCCAUCCAGGCUGCCUCUGGUUGGGCUGGGAGCCGUGGAAGCCAAGUGUGUUUAUGAAUCAGGAGUGCGAACUGCGCCACCAGCCACAGCGGGGAGGAGCCAGCUGGGUACAGGUGGCCCCGCUGCCAUCCAGCGCCUACCAGUAUGAGCUCUGCGGGUUCCCUCCGGCCACAGUCUACACCUUACAGAUGAGGUGCAUCCGCUCCCCGCUGCCUGGCCACUGGAGCAGCUGGAGCCCCAGCCUGGAGCUGAGAACCACUGAACAGGCCCCUGUCAUCAGACUGGACACAUGGUGGCGGCAGAGACAAUUGGACUCCAGGACAGUGGGCAUACAGCUGUUUUGGAAGCCAACACCCCUAGAGGAAGGCAGUGGGCAGAUCCAAGGGUACCUGCUCUCCUGGAGGCCUCCAGGCGGGCUGGGGCCAGCCGUGCCCCUCUGCAACACCACGGAGCUCAGCUGCACCUUCAACCUGCCCACAGGAGCUAAGGAAGUAACCCUCAUGGCCUACAACACAGCUGGGACCUCUCAUCCCACUCCGGUGGUCUUCUUGGAGAAUGAAGGCCCACCACUGACUGGACUCCAUGUCAGGGCCCCAGACGCUCAUAGUCUCUGGGUGGGCUGGAAACCCCCCAGCCCUCGGCCUCAGGGCUAUGUGAUUGAGUGGGGCCUGGGUCCCCCCAGCCCCAGCAACAGCAGUAAGACCUGGAGGAUGGAACACAAUGGAAGUGCCACAGGGACUCUGUUGCAAGAGAACAUCAGGCCCUUUCAGCUCUAUGAGAUCACUGUGGCUCCCCUGUACAAGGGCACCGUGGGACCCUCCCAGCACACCUACGCCUACUCCAAAGAGAUGGGCCCUCCCCGUGCCCCAGAGCUGCUUCUAAAGCACAUUGGCAAGACCUGGGCACAGCUGGAGUGGGUACCCAGGCCCCCUGAGCUGGGAAAAAGCCCCUUCACCCACUAUACGAUCUUCUGGACCAACUCUCAGGACCAGUCCUUCUCCACCAUCCUGAAUGCCUCCUCCCACGGCUUUGUCCUUCAUGACCUGGAACCUGCCAGCUUGUAUCAUGUCCACCUCAUGGCCACCAGCCAGGCCGGAGCCACCAACAGUACAGGCCUUACCCUGAUGACCUUGACCCCAGGAGAGUUGGAGCUAUACAUCUUCCUGGGCCUAUUUGGCUUCCUGGCUUUGCUCCUCUGCCUCUGUGGGACUACCUGGUUCUGCUGCAGUCACAGCAGGAAGAAUCCCCUCUGGCCAAGUAUACCAGACCCAGCCCACAGCAGCCUGGGCUCCUGGAUGCCCAGCAUCAUGGCGGAGGAGACCUUCCAACUGCCCAGCCUUCAGGACCCCGGCAUACCACCCAUCACCAAUAUCACUGUGCUGGAGGAGAAGAAGCUGGGGUCCUGGGAGUACCGUGACAACUCGGAGACCUGUGGCCUCCCCACCCUAGUACAGACCUACGUGCUCCAGAGAGACCCAACAGUAGCUUCCGCCCAGCCUCAGCCCCAGUCUGGCACCAGUGACCAGGUCCUUUAUGGGCAGGUGCUGGGCAGCCCCACCAGCCCAGGACCAGGACAGCACUACAUCCGCUGUGACUCCACUCAGCCGCUCUUGGGGGGGCUCACCCCCAGCCCUAAGUCUUAUGAGAAUCUUUGGUUCCAGGCCAGCCCUCUGGAGACCUCUGUGCCCCUGCCCCCGAGCCAGGAGGAUGACUGUGUCUUUGGGCCACUGCUUGAUUUCCCACUCUUGCAAGGACUCCGAGUCCAUGGAAUGGAGGGAUUAGGGACCUUCUAGGGCUGCCUGGGUCUCCCCACUUGGGCCUGACCUUUGAAGGGCCUGGACUAUCCAGAGAACAGGAUCAGUAAGCCCAUCACUAAAAACUACCCAGCUCCAGAAAAAGCUGAAGGGCCCCCAGUAGCUCCCUAACCCUGGCUCAUAGCAUCUCUCCUUCACCCCAACCUCUAUUUGCUGGGCCUCCCAGGCCACCUCUAUACUUUAAGAACUAGAUAAUGAUCCAUCCCACUUGCUAGCCUUUUGUGUUGUUUCUUAUAAUUUUAUUCUCCUAAAUUGGUUUUUGACUUUGAGUUCUUAUUGUUUUUAGAAACUCUUGCUGGGUAUAGUGAUGCACAUCUGUAAUCCCAAUACUCAAGAGGCUGAGGCAGGAGGAUCUUGGGUUCCAAGACAACCUGGGCAACAUAGUGAGAACCUGUCUCAAAAAA